AUGAAUAUUAGUGCUACUCUGAAUGCGCUACGGCUCAUAUAUAAUCCUAAACUUUGUAGGCCACAGCUAACUAUAGGAACUUUCAAUGAGCUGCCAGUUCCGGUGGGUCCACAUAUAAAAGCAAUUGUACUUGAUAAAGAUAAUUGUUUUGCAUAUCCAUACGAAAACAACGUGUGGCCAGAGUACAGUUCCAAAUGGGAAGAUUUGAAAAAAGAGUAUCCUGAUAACAGGCUAUUAAUAGUUAGCAAUAGCGCUGGGUCAAGUGAUGAUAUAGGCUAUAAGGAGGCAAGUAUGCUCGAGAAAACUACUGGAGUUCCCGUCUUGAGGCACACAGUCAAAAAACCUGGAUGUGGGAAAGAAAUUUUGGAGCACUUUUAUGGAAAAAAUAUCAUUGAUCAUCCCUCACAGAUCGCAGUGGUGGGAGACAGGUUGUUCACGGAUAUGAUAAUGGCAAAUAGCAUGGGGUCACGCGGCAUAUGGGUAAAAGAGGGAGUAAAACUUUCAACUAGUCUCAUUUGCAAAUUCGAAAAGUCUUUGUAUAAAUAUUUUGAUUUCUAA